AUGGGCCCAAAAAGAUGGGCCCAAAAAGAUGGGCCCAAAAAGACGGGCCCAAAAAGACGGGCCCAAAAAGACGGGCCCAAAAAGACGGGCCCAAAAAGACGGGCCCAAAAAGACGGGCCCAAAAAGACGGGCCCAAAAAGACGGGCCCAAAAAGACGGGCCCAAAAAGACGGGCCCAAAAAGACGGGCCCAAAAAGACGGGCCCAAAAAGACGGGCCCAAAAAGACGGGCCCAAAAAGACGGGCCCAAAAAGACGGGCCCAAAAAGACGGGCCCAAAAAGACGGGCCCAAAAAGACGGGCCCAAAAAGACGGGCCCAAAAAGACGGGCCCAAAAAGACGGGCCCAAAAAGACGGGCCCAAAAAGACGGGCCCAAAAAGACGGGCCCAAAAAGACGGGCCCAAAAAGACGGGCCCAAAAAGACGGGCCCAAAAAGACGGGCCCAAAAAGACGGGCCCAAAAAGACGGGCCCAAAAAGACGGGCCCAAAAAGACGGGCCCAAAAAGACGGGCCCAAAAAGACGGGCCCAAAAAGACGGGCCCAAAAAGACGGGCCCAAAAAGACGGGCCCAAAAAGACGGGCCCAAAAAGACGGGCCCAAAAAGACGGGCCCAAAAAGACGGGCCCAAAAAGACGGGCCCAAAAAGACGGGCCCAAAAAGACGGGCCCAAAAAGACGGGCCCAAAAAGACGGGCCCAAAAAGACGGGCCCAAAAAGACGGGCCCAAAAAGACGGGCACAAAAAGACGGGCACAAAAAGACGGGCACAAAAAGACGGGCACAAAAAGACGGGCACAAAAAGACGGGCACAAAAAGACGGGCCCAAAAAGACGGGCCCAAAAAGACGGGCCCAAAAAGACGGGCCCAAAAAGACGGGCCCAAAAAGACGGGCCCAAAAAGACGGGCCCAAAAAGACGGGCCCAAAAAGACGGGCCCAAAAAGACGGGCCCAAAAAGACGGGCCCAAAAAGACGGGCACAAAAAGACGGGCACAAAACGACGGGCCCAAAAACGACGGGCCCAAAAACGACGGGCCCAAAAACGACGGGCCCAAAAACGACGGGCACAAAAACGACGGGCACAAAAAGACGGGCACAAAAAGACGGGCACAAAAAGACGGGCACAAAAAGACGGGCACAAAAAGACGGGCACAAAAAGACGGGCACAAAAAGACGGGCACAAAAAGACGGGCACAAAAAGACGGGCACAAAAAGACGGGCACAAAAAGACGGGCACAAAAAGACGGGCACAAAAAGACGGGCACAAAAAGACGGGCACAAAAAGACGGGCACAAAAAGACGGGCACAAAAAGACGGGCACAAAAAGACGGGCACAAAAAGACGGGCACAAAAAGACGAGCACAAAAAGACGGGCACAAAAAGACGGGCACAAAAAGACGGGCACAAAAAGACAUACAUACAGACGGGUAA